AUGCCGACUCUCGAUGAGAUUUCUUAUUCCCAAGAGGCCACCAUCGCCGCCUUUCGUGACUAUUAUGAAUUUCUCAGAGACAUGUUCUUACCAGACGACUGGAUUCUAGAGCCUCCGGCUGGAGGUUGGCCUUCAAUUACANNAAAAGAGAAAGCCAGUCUUUUGGGCAAGAACGACGAAGUCUACGAGUUGAUGCGCCAUCUCCCGUACCUUCCAGACUCGAGUUUCUUAGUGGCUCGCUCGACGGCCGCCAACUGGUCUUCAGUUUUCAAGAAGAGGAAGUUUGGUCAUGAAGGCGUUAAAGGCACACGUAUGAUUACGGAGGGAUUGGGUUGGUUAGAUAUACCUUCGUCGGCGUUUGGUCUUGCACGCGGUGGGCGUGACACGUCUGUGAUUAUUCUUGAUACGCAGUUUGGCACUGUGCACUGGCUGGAGAGCCCUGACCUUGAUUUCGACUCAAUAAGACAACCUAUUGUCGGUCCUGAUGGUGACGAAGAACCUUUCAGAGAUUGCGCCCCUCCCAAUGGACGCGGCUGGAGAAGUCAGACAGCAUGGGCCGUUACCGAUUUCUUCGAAGUCUUGAAACAUGAGUUUCGAACCUUGAGAUCUGUGCCUCUUAAUGGGAGUCAGGUAGAAUACUGGUUCGGAGAUCAGGAAUACCAAGACCUUGGAGAGCUCCACGAGGAAGACAUCCUGAUACGCUCGGUCAGAGAUACUUACCAGAAGCAUGGUUGGCCGGAUAUGUCUGUUUACAAAGGGGAUGAAUGUCAAGAUGCCGUCGAUAAGUUGAUGAAAGAAUCGGGGCAAUAUUCAUAA